UUGCGACGUUUAAGAUUUCUCUAGCAGUAGGUGCGAAGGAGCAAGUGAUUCAUUCAUGCGUCAAUCGAAAAUGCGUAAUUUCACGAAUGCCGUUGCAUUUCGUUCAUACGCAAAGUGUUUAAUACCAUUCAGAAUGAAAUUGUGAUAAGAUUUGAUAAAGUAGUUUUUAUUGCCAUGAUCGGUGCGAAUGUUAUUUAUAUGAGACGUGAAAUGAUGCAGAGAGUGCCGAAGCUAACGUAGGAUAUGAAUUUGACGAAUAAGUAGAUGGUUUAGUAAUUUUAUUAACAAUGUUAUGUGAUAAAGUAAGCUAUUCGUUGGCAAUAGCAGCUAUUAUUUUCGGCAUCAUUGCGGCUUUGUUCGACAGCUUAUUUUGGGCGUCAUUUCUUUGUAUCUUGUAUUUAAUUGGAUGGGUAUCUGGAACACAAUUAAUUUGUCUUAUUCAAAGUACCUUAGCUGCUUCUAACGACAAGUUUAAGUUUGCUAUCGACGAAUCAUGCGGAGUCUGCAAUAAUCAUCAGUGUAAGAGACAUCGUAGACCGAUGCAUUUAAAUGCCAUUGCCAAAGUUCCAAAAGGCUUUGACAUUGCUUUGACACACCUUUUAGAAGAAAUAUUGCAAUCGUACGUAUGCACAUGGUAUUCCGAUUUAUCGUCGAAUGAGGCGUUUGUUCAACAAUUGAGAUUGGCUAUUACAUCAGCUGUUACAAAUGUCACGGGCCGCUUGUAUAAAGUUGAUCUUUCACAUAUAAUUUUUAAUCAUCUGGUACCAUUGGCUGUUCAUCAUGCACAAGAUUGGCAACAAUUAACAAAACGAGCUAAAGACUUAGGAGGCAAUCCUGCUGACCAUAUUACCGAUCUCUUGGGUUCAAAAAUUCAUCCAGCUGCUUACUCGAGAACCGCCGAAUUAAAUUACCUUAGAGGAGUCAUUGCGGCAUUGCUACCUCACUUGUUACCCGCUACUCACAUCUCUACAAAUAAUCAAGUUAUAUUGCGCGAGGUUCUUGCAAAUUGGGUCUUACUGCCAGCGAUCGAUGCUUUUGCCAAUCCAGAUAAUUUAAAUAUGCUAAUAUCAUUAUGCACUCAUCACGAAGGGAAGUUCUCUCAAUCCACCGAUACCAUGUACGUACCUGUGCUUCAAACGUGGAUUACUAGUCCUCAAAAAAAUCAAAAUAUCUCGAAUACGUUAAAGCCAUCGUUAGAAGAAAUCUUGAACGAUCCGGAAUUGCUUUAUAUGUUUAUGCAGCAUAUUAAAGACUCUGGGUUAGUUAAUUUACUGCAAUUUUGUUUAGAUAUAGAUGAUUUAAGUAAGCGACUGCUGAAUCCAGAAAUGACACCAGCAAUCGAAGAGACACUGUAUACCGAUGCUAAGAAUAUAUAUUGUACUUAUCUUGAUCCGGAAAGCGUUGACUUUUUAAAUUUGCCAAUAUGUAUUUCUCAAGGAAUGAAAGAAAUUUUAGAUCUUGGACGAGAAAAAAUACAAGAGCUUAGAACUUCACGUCCAUUAUACGAAGCUCAUCAAGAGGCUCAUACAUUAUUAGAAAACACAUUGCUCCCAUCGUUUCAUCACACUUAUCAAAUUUACAAAUUUUUAUGCGGCAUCCCAGUGAUAAAUACUUCUGUAAAAAUAAGCACUCAUAAUAGUAACGCAAGCAGUGGAAUAGGCGUAGGGGCGCGCCUCAGCAACCAGCUGGGGAAGAUUCGUGGCGUUCUGAAGGCAUCCGCGGUCGAUGGGGCGCCCUUCCACCCCCAGCACGUGUUCCAGGCGGAGGAGGCGAACUGUGCGUCGCGGGUAAGCAGCGUAGAACCGAGCUCCCAAGUAUCGACGAGUCACGACCUCACCACCUGGUUUGUCUCGGUGCCCUAUGUCGACGGGGGCGGUGCCCAGCCCCUCUACAUGCUCUCGGUGUCAAACGCCUCUGAGGGGAAAUCGUGGACGGUGCUGCGCAGGGACGGUGACUUUUACGCCCUGCGCGCCCGCCUCUCCGAGUUCCACGGUGAUCGGGAGCUCAACGACUCGCCGCUGCCCACGCGGAAGAAUCCCCAUCCGUCUUUAACCGCUAAUAGCCAACGCUACGAAGACUUCCUGCAGAAGCUGCUGGCGAAACCGACCUUGAGGAACAGCGAGCUCCUGCACACAUUUCUAACGGUGCCAAAUCUCAAGCCCUUCUUUACGAACUACACGACUCCGGACAUCGGGGUGCUCUAUCAAAGCAUGGCUCAUAAGUUGAGGAAGGAGAAGGGUCAGCAUCUGGAUAAGUUUAUGAACACUCUGCUGUCCUCGACUAGUGUGAGGCACGACCAACCGGACCUGGGCAUCGAGCUCGACGGGGACCACAAUUUUCACGAGAGUCAGAGGAGGGGACGAAAUUUGUUUGACAGCAGCGGGCCUUUUGGGAACAAUUUGAAUAUAGACUCGAGGACACAGAGCUUUCCUUACAUUGUAAAUAAGCUGCAGCAUAUCAAGGGCGCGUGCUUUUGCAUCGCCGAGGCCCUGGAUACUUUAUUAGAAGUCUCUCCAACAGUAUCUAGGAUCUUAUGGAUAUUGGCCUCAACGUUUCGCCCAACUGUCGAUCCAGCUGUAAACAGUUGGUUUCGUAAUAUGGUAGUGAAGUUAUUGGGCGGCGGGAGAGCGGCGAUCGUAGUGAAACUUCUACACUCGACUAUUUUUGAUAAAGACUACAAAGACGCUUCACCAAAGACUAAGGCCGAAGAACAUUAUCGGAAUGCGAAAGGUGGACUUUAUAAUCUUGUCCCGUGGUGGCUGCUCCAUAUACAUUCCAAAUGGUGCAAAUUAAUGGAUUCGUUUUUAGAACCAAUUCAGAAUGCCCCAUUCAACAAACAUCUUGCAUACAUGCUGCUUGAUCAGCUGCUGGUGCACCUCUUUCCUGAAUUAAUGUGAAUGCGGUAUGCAUAAGCGGGGAGUAUAUGUCGAUGUAAAAUGUUUGUAUACGUGGAGGGUCCAUUAGUUAUGUCCAUUAAAUAACGCACAUUGGUCAAAGCAGUUUUGAUCGUUUAAUCGUACUUUUCAAACAGCAUUUAUAAAAGUGAUAUUUUUAAUGUAAAUUAAUUUUACUCCGUUAUUUUAUCGAUGUUCUGUUGUUCGCAUUUAUACAUUAUGAACAAAAAUUUGUUACGACUGUUCGAUAAAUUAUUCAUUUACAUAUUUAAUAAAUAUGCAUUAAAAGUUUUAUUAGGAUGCUCAUUGGCUAAAUGAAGCAUCCGUUUUUUUCUUUCUUUUUUUCGUCAAGAUCAGUCGCUUAAGCGUUUAGAGUAAGCGAAG